GCUAUAGAGAUGGAAAAAAGCAGAGUCCUCAUAGUUGGGGGAACUGGGUACCUAGGCCAGAGGUUGGUGAAGGCAAGUUUAGUCCUAGGACAUGAAACAUACAUACUUCAUAGGCCAGUGACUGGUGUUGAUAUUCAGAAAGUUCAGAUGCUAUUGUCAUUCAAAGAACAAGGAGCACAUCUUGUGCCUGGAUCUUUCAAUGACCACCAGAGCCUUGUCAAUGCUGUGAAACUAGUUGAUGUUGUUAUUUGUGCAAUAUCUGGUGUCCAUAUAAGGAGCCACCAAAUUCUUCUUCAACUCAAAUUGGUUGAAGCCAUUAGAGAGGCAGGAAAUGUUAAGAGAUUUUUGCCUUCGGAAUUUGGCACUGAUCCAGCAAGAAUGGAGAAUGCAAAGGAGCCUGGAAGAAUUACAUUCGACGACAAAAUGGUUGUGAGGAAAGCUAUUGAAGAAGCUGGCAUCCCUUUCACAUAUGUUUCUGCUAAUUGCUUUGCGGGUUACUUUCUUGGUGGUUUAUGUCAACCUGGUGUGAUCCUCCCUUCAAAGGAUCGUGUGGUGUUGUAUGGUGAUGGCAACGUAAAAGCAAUUUAUGUUGAUGAAGAUGACAUAGCCAUGUACACUAUCAAAACCAUUGAUGAUCCACGGACGAUCAAUAAGACACUGUAUAUUAGGCCACUCAAAAACAUUUUGUCUCAAAGAGAAGUUGUUGAGACUUGGGAAAAAUUAAUUGGGCAAGAGUUGCAUAAGUCCUCAAUUUCCGAGCAAGAGUUUCUAGCUUCAAUGAAAGGGCAAACUUAUGCAGAGCAAGUUGGAAUGACACAUUACUAUCAUGUUUGCUUUGAGGGAUGCCUUACAAAUUUUGAGAUUGGAGAUGAGGGAAGGGAAGCAACUAAGCUUUACCCAGAAAUUAAGUACACUACAGUCGAAGAGUACUUGAAGCGUUAUCUAUAACUGCAAAUUAGCAAACAACCAUGUUACACGGUUUGAACUCAACAACAAGUGCCUUUAUUCAUGUAAUAUCUUCAAGUAAUAUCUACUAUAUAUAUAUACACAUAUAUUUAUUUAUAUAUAAGAAAAGAGCGAGAAGAUUCUGCUCUUGAUUUUAAUGCCUAUGCAUUUUAUUUGUGAAUGGUCUCAAAUACCUGCUUGAUAUGUUUUGGAUACAAAUUAUUUUGAAAUGGAAAAACCAACUACAUAAUAUGAAUGACUCGCAAUCUUC